AACGUUGUUUCAAAAUUUGACAUUGCGCAAUUUUUGACAUUGACGUAACUAGCUAACAAAUGUUCUGCAUAAAUGUAUGUCAACGCUUCCAAGUGCAGUUAUUAGGUUAGAAUUUUAGUGCGGUGUAAACCAAUGUUUUUCGUUACUUUUACAAUAAAAUGUCUACUGCUCUAGUCCGACAGGCGCUAGAAUUCGUCGAGCAAGAAGAGAACGGCAGUAAACGCAAGAAACGCGGUCCGAAGCGUGGGUCGCCGGGUCAAGCUCGUAAAUCCACAUUCAAACCCAAGAAAAUCGAGAAACAACAAAAGUCAUCUGAUCAGAAAGUUGAGGAGAACAUCAAGAAGUUGUUGGCUCUGUCCAAACCAACGGCCGAUACUGACACUGCAGAAACGAUAAUAAAACGAGCUAUCAAAGGCAAACCGUUAUUAGAGAAAAUCAAAGUUAACAAAGAACCAGAACAGUCUAUACUGUUUGCGGAAGAGGAUCAGGAGACGUUCAAGAAAUUUGAGAGGGAAUUGUUCUGCAGUUAAUGUGAUGCGUAUAUGGAUGUUCCAGACUCAGUGAUCGGGAAAGUAGCUCUUAUAUCCACGACUACGCUGUUUGUAUUGGCGUCUGUUUGGAUUAAUAGUUAUCCAUUCUUUGACGAAGAUUCUUCCAUCUAUCCAUUAAUACCAGAUCCGCAGUGGUUGCUCCUGGCCUGCGCCAUUUGGGGUCUUUUCUUCAUAGGUGGGCUCAUGUCAUUCACAUUGUACCAUAUCCGUCCAUACUUGUAGCCAAGAUGACCCACACCGCACAAGACUGGAUCGUCAUCGGCAUAUCCGGGGUCACAUGUGGCGGGAAGACCACACUGGCCAAUAGACUCAAAGAAGCACUAUCCCCAGUGUAUGUGUUCCAUCAGGAUAAAUACUUUUAUCCUGAUGACAGUCCGAAGCAUGUCAAAUGUGAGGGAUUGGAUCAUAAUAACUAUGAUAUUCUAUCAUCGUUGGAUAUGGACACCAUGUUGGGAGACAUCCUGAAGACCAUGAGGGGUGAGAAUAAAGCUCACAGAUUUAGUGCAGAGGAGGGCAAGUUUGAGAUCAAAGGCAAGAAGUUCAUGGUGAUCGAGGGAUUCACCGUUUUGAAUUUUAAACCCAUACUGGAGUUGUGUCAUUUGAGGUACUACUUCGUGCUGGAGUACAGCGAGUGUGUGACGCGGCGCUGUUACCGGCUGUAUGACCCGCCCGACAUCGACGGGUACUUCGACCAGUGCGUGUGGCCCGAACACAUCAAGUACAGGGCUGAGAUAGAGAAAGACAAAAGGGUAAAAUUGUUAGAUGGAACGAAACAAGACUCGAUGGAGAUCGUGAUGGCGGACCUGAAGUCUUUAGAUACGUGAAGUUCCCUUUAUUAGGCGGUAGAAUCACUAGUAUUACUGAGGGUAUAAAAUUAUCCAUUUAGAUGCACUUUUAUAUCAUUUUCGAAUAGUAAAACAUUGAUUUAGAAUACAAUAUUGAUAUUAUAACAAAAGAACAUUCAUUUUUUUAUGUUAAUUUGUAUUCAAUUAACCUCAAAAACCACUGAACCGAUUUUGCAAAUUGUUUCACUAAUCGGAAGCUGUAUUAUCCCUGAGUGCUUCAGACUACAUUUAGUUCCAGAAAUGGGCCUGAAUGCAGACGGAGUCGCGUGCAAAAUCUAGUAGAAUAUAAAAGGACAAGUUCGGUGCAAUUAUCUUGUGAUUGAAAGUUGUUGCUAUUGUUUUUAGUCAGGCGCUUAGUCCAGGAGAGCUCGUUUCGGCAUUUGGUAAAAAAAAACAUAAACUUGAAAAGUUUAUGAAACCCUCAUUUAAAUCCAAUUUAAAAAACCAUUUGAGAUGUUUUUUUUUUUGUUAUUAUUAUAAUGUAUUGGUGCACUGUUACAUUAGAUCUAUAAAAUGUUCACGUACUUUAUGUGGGUAGAAAUAUUCAAUUAAGAUAAAAUUUGGUGAUUUUUAUCAGAGAUAAAAGGGAUAUUUUCUUAAGUCGAAUUUAUUUAAUAUAUAAACUUUAAAAACCCUUUGAGAUCACAUAAAUGUUAUUGAGAAUCUUCUAUCUCUUUCUCGCAAAACGACAUUUGUACAAUUAUAAUGACAGAUAUAAGUAUGACGUUACCGACACUCAUGCCGUCUCUAUCUAACGGAUGUAAUCCCUUAUAUCUCUGCGAGUAAGAAACAAACAAGAAUAUUUGUACGCUUAGUAUGAAUUUUGAUACACAGCUUUGUAUAAAAACUUUUGUUUAUAAUAAAUUGCGGCGAAUAUUUUUUUA